GCAAAAGUCUCCAUACUUUUCUGUUUAUAGCAUUGGUCAAACCAUCAGUGAUCUGUCUUUGUCACUAUGAACACUUUACUUAGUUCAUUGACUGUAUCCAGUGAGAUUUGCACGUCUUGUAUUAAAGGUAGUUCAUUUAGUUGAAAGUCAAGAUGAUAAUUGGGCAGAUGCAUGUGUUUUUAAAAUAAACUGAUAUCUUUGCCAUUGUAAAUGUAUAAACUUAGUUUUUGGGAAACUUGAAUUCAUUCUCUUUUUCAGUCAGGUCUAAGCUCUUGGAAAGGUAUAGAUGCAGUUCACAGUGGUAAUAGACAGUUUUCCCCACUUUUAUUUCGUGAAACUGCGAUUCUAAAUUUGUAGGUGCUGAGUAUGUUAAGUGUUAACCAUUUAUUCUGCCGUAGGUUUUAAAGCUUGUUACAGGGAAAAAUAUACUUGUCUUAUAUUAAUGUUUUCCCUAUGGAUAUGUGCUGUCAGCUUGAUGUAUGUUUAUUUAGUAAGGUUGAUUUGCCUGUCAUUUAUACACAGGGCAACCUUUUGUACAUGGUGGCUUUAAAGCCAUGUAUGGUGUCAAGUGUCUAGUUAUACAUGCCAUUAAGGAAAACCCAUAUAGUUUGCGACUCGGGCCAUUACUAAAAUUUUGUGUUCUUAGCUGAAAUCAGCUUAUAUCAAACAUUUGAAAUAGAUUGCAUGCAAACCUUACAUAAAUAGGCUGGAAGAUCAGUCAUAUGUUUGGAGAUGAAGGUGAUUUUCAUCUCUAGCUGUAAAAAAUGCUGAGAAACUAUGCAUACUGCUGUAUUACUUACUGAUAUAGCAGUUGAAUCUUUUAAUUUAUAUUGGCUUCUGUUAUUUGUGCAAUCAAUCAAGUAUUCAUCAGGUACUAAAUGUUGUUUAAAAAUGUGGGAAUUAAAAGUACAUUUUUCCCUGUUUACCACUGAUUUUCAAAUUUGGAAACAAUUUCCUACUACAGAACAUUUUUGAUGUAGUGGUGUUCUAGACUAUGUUGGAACAUUAUGUUGCAGAAUUUGUUUCCCUGAGCUUGUCUUGUAAAUACAGUUGUAAAGAGCAGUUUGCAAUGCUACUUUUCCAUAGAUUGUUAAUUUCCCUCAGAAAGGUGAAGUUCAGCCUUUAGACUGUUACAGAAUAUGUACAAAUUUGUCUCUCUCAUUUAAAUGUCAGUGAGAGGCAAGUUAGUUCAUGCUGUGUUUUCUUAAUGAAAAACGAUUGAGAUUUGUUUUUACUUUCCACCUUUUUACCUUCUUUUGACAGAUAUAUUUUGUUAUAUCUGUAAUAACUUACGCUAGUAGGUCAUAUAGUUGAAAGAAACAUUCCUGUGUUCUGUUGAUGACUUUUUAACAUUCUAGUUGCAUUAAAAAGAAAUCGGCACCUGCAAAAUGUUUUAAGUGGGUUCAAGGACUGUAAAACAUUGCCUGACACAAUUCUGUCAUUCUAAAGGUUGAACAAUGAAAGAAGUUGCAGUUGUAUGCAGCCAUAUUCUUGAGCUCAGAGUAAGAUCUAUAAAACCUGCAUGAAGCUGACUGGGUAAUAAUUAUAGGAAACUCAAUUCUGUAAUACAAACAAGAACUGUAAUACAAGCAAUUGUGUACCACAAUUCCACAGGCCCAUACUAACUGUCCUUAAUUUCUCUCCUACAGCAGUACUGCUAUGCCAGUCCUGUCUGCAUUCUUAAGGGUGCAGCUCAACACAUCCUGUGUAGGUUAUGGUGAACACAAAAACUUUCUUCCAAAGGAAGUGCUUUCCCAAUUGUUAAGGGGCCACAGCUUUAGUGGCAUGGUUUACAAUGGUGUGUGUUGGGGGGUGGGGGUUGUGGGAUGGAUUGUUGACAACUUAAUGUACAUGCAGCAGCUACACAUCUAUCUUUGUAGCCCAUCAUUUUCUGUAGGAAAAGCCAUUUAAUAAUGGCUUGUUUAGAAGUACCAACACACAUAGUCAUCAAGCAGAUCUGACUUUUGAACCAUCUGAAAUAUUUAUGUAUUUUCCAAUAGACACUUAACACUUAGUUAUAAUUAACUCAGAUGGUGUUUUUUUAAAUAAAUGUUUUCUUAUAUUUUAGUAUUUAUUGGAUUAAAAUAACUUUUGAGUAUGCUUAAUUUAACUUAAUUGAACUUUUAUGUUUAAAUAUUAAAUCAUCUGCUAAAAAUAUUUCCACUUCAUACCCAGAAACAUUUUAAUUCUCUAAAUCAAUUUUUAAUGCUUUAACUUAUUUCUUUAUACAGAAAUGUAUUUUUCAUUACACUUCACUUAACUAUAUAGCUCAAAACUACUUUAAAGAAACCUCCCAGGAAUAUUUGAAGUGUUUACCUGUUUAUGGAUAAGACACUGAACGCAUUUUCUUUAGUAACGUGAUAGAAGGUAUGCUGUGUUUUUGAGUUCAAACCCUUUCUAAAGUGUUACUAAUGGUAAAGAGAUAAUUUUCUAGGCUGCUUUUCUGCCGGUUGAAGUCAGACACUGAUGAAGGACACCAGGCUCAAAAAGUGAGGGAAAACUCCAGAUCCUAAACUUCAAGCCAGAACCUAUAUGGAUGUCAUGCGUGAACAGCACCUAACAAAGGAAGAGGCAAAAAUACGUCAGCAACUGGCCGAAAAAGCUAAAUCCGGUGAUCUUAAAGCUGUUAAUGGGUCAGCAGUAUCCCAAGCCGCAGCAGCUAAACGCAAACGUCGAUGGGAUCAAACUGCUGAGCAGACACCUGGCAGUGCUAAUGCUACUCCCAAAAAAGUGUCCAGUUGGGAUCAGGCAGAUACUCCAGGGCAUACACCGUCACAAAGCCGUUGGGAUGAGACUCCUGGAAGAGCAAAAGGCAGUGAGACACCAGGGGCCACACCCAGUACACGCAUGUGGGAUCCAACACCCAGUCACACUCCAGCUGGUGCAGCUACACCUGGCAGAGGUGAUACACCUGGGCAUGCUACCCCUGGACAUGGAGGUGCAACAUCCAGUGUUCGAAAGAAUCGCUGGGAUGAGACUCCCAAGACAGAAAGAGAGACGCCUGGUCAUGGCAGUGGUUGGGCAGAGACCCCUCGUACAGAUCGUGGAGGUGACUCUAUUGGGGAAACACCAACUCCUGGAGCCAGUAAAAGGAAAUCUAGAUGGGAUGAAACUCCAGCAAGUCAAAUUGGCUCAUCUACUCCACUCCUUACUCCUGGAAAGACUCCAAUUGGAACCCCAGCAAUGAACAUGUCCACACCUACACCAGGUCACUUAAUGAGCAUGACCCCAGAGCAAUUACAAGCCUGGCGGUGGGAGCGAGAGAUUGAUGAAAGAAAUCGACCUCUUACAGAUGAGGAGCUUGAUGCAAUGUUUCCAGAAGGCUAUAAGGUUUUGCCACCUCCUGCAGGCUAUGUCCCUAUCCGCACACCAGCUCGUAAACUUACUGCCACACCAACCCCUAUUGGAGGAAUGACUGGCUUUCACAUGCAGACAGAAGACCGUUCCAUGAAGACUUUAAAUGACCAACCCUCUGGCAAUCUGCCUUUCCUUAAACCUGAUGAUAUCCAGUACUUCGACAAGUUAUUGGUAGAAGUUGAUGAAUCUACUCUUAGCCCAGAGGAACAGAAGGAGAGGAAGAUAAUGAAGUUGCUUUUGAAAAUUAAGAAUGGGACUCCUCCAAUGAGAAAGGCAGCUCUUCGUCAGAUUACUGAUAAAGCCAGGGAAUUUGGGGCAGGACCCUUGUUUAAUCAGAUUCUGCCCCUGCUGAUGUCACCCACUUUGGAAGAUCAGGAGCGUCAUCUUCUAGUAAAGGUCAUUGACAGGAUAUUGUACAAACUUGAUGACUUGGUCCGACCCUAUGUACAUAAGAUUCUUGUCGUUAUUGAGCCAUUGUUGAUUGAUGAAGAUUACUAUGCUAGAGUGGAAGGCAGAGAAAUUAUUUCCAACUUGGCAAAGGCUGCUGGCUUGGCCACAAUGAUCUCAACUAUGCGUCCAGAUAUUGACAACAUGGACGAGUAUGUGAGAAACACAACCGCCCGUGCCUUUGCUGUUGUGGCAUCUGCCCUUGGCAUUCCAUCACUUUUACCCUUCCUCAAGGCUGUAUGUAAAAGCAAAAAGUCCUGGCAAGCAAGACACACUGGCAUUAAAAUUGUCCAGCAGAUUGCCAUCCUGAUGGGCUGUGCCAUCUUGCCUCAUCUUCGGAGUCUUGUUGAAAUCAUUGAACAUGGUUUAGUGGAUGAGCAGCAAAAAGUCCGUACUAUUAGUGCCCUUGCUAUAGCUGCUUUGGCGGAGGCUGCUACACCUUACGGCAUUGAGUCAUUUGAUUCUGUCCUCAAGCCUCUCUGGAAGGGUAUUAGGCAGCACAGAGGCAAGGGUCUUGCUGCUUUCCUCAAAGCAAUUGGUUAUCUUAUACCCUUGAUGGAUGCUGAAUAUGCAAACUACUAUACUAGAGAAGUGAUGUUAAUCUUGAUUAGAGAAUUCCAAUCUCCUGAUGAAGAGAUGAAAAAGAUUGUUCUUAAAGUGGUUAAACAGUGCUGUGGGACUGAUGGUGUAGAAGCAAACUACAUCAAGACUGAAAUCCUGCCACCUUUCUUCAAACAUUUCUGGCAGCAUAGAAUGGCCCUGGAUCGGAGGAAUUAUAGACAAUUGGUGGAUACGACAGUGGAAUUGGCAAAUAAGGUUGGGGCUGCAGAAAUCAUCUCUCGCAUUGUGGAUGAUUUGAAAGAUGAGGCUGAACAGUACCGUAAAAUGGUGAUGGAAACUAUUGAAAAGAUCAUGGGAAAUCUUGGGGCAGCAGAUAUUGAUCACAAACUGGAGGAGCAACUUAUUGACGGCAUUCUGUAUGCUUUCCAGGAACAGACCACUGAGGACUCUGUGAUGUUAAAUGGUUUUGGUACGGUUGUCAAUGCCUUGGGAAAAAGAGUUAAGCCAUAUCUCCCUCAGAUCUGUGGUACAGUUUUGUGGCGACUUAACAACAAGUCUGCGAAAGUCAGACAGCAAGCAGCAGAUCUUAUAUCUAGAACUGCAGUGGUCAUGAAGACAUGUCAAGAGGAAAAACUGAUGGGUCACUUGGGUGUGGUUUUGUACGAGUACCUUGGAGAAGAGUACCCAGAGGUGCUGGGUAGUAUACUGGGUGCCCUGAAGGCCAUUGUCAAUGUCAUUGGUAUGCAUAAGAUGACUCCACCAAUAAAGGACUUGCUACCCAGAUUAACUCCCAUUCUAAAGAAUAGGCAUGAGAAGGUUCAAGAAAAUUGCAUUGAUCUAGUUGGAAGAAUUGCUGACAGAGGAGCAGAGUAUGUCUCAGCCAGGGAGUGGAUGCGAAUCUGCUUUGAACUCCUGGAACUGCUGAAAGCUCAUAAAAAGGCAAUUAGAAGAGCAACUGUGAAUACAUUUGGUUACAUUGCGAAAGCUAUUGGCCCUCAUGAUGUUCUGGCAACAUUACUGAAUAAUCUGAAGGUCCAGGAAAGACAAAAUCGUGUUUGUACUACUGUUGCUAUUGCAAUAGUGGCAGAGACUUGUUCACCUUUUACUGUUCUACCAGCACUUAUGAAUGAAUAUAGAGUCCCAGAACUUAAUGUUCAGAAUGGUGUGCUGAAGUCACUAUCUUUCCUGUUUGAGUACAUUGGAGAAAUGGGCAAGGAUUAUAUUUAUGCUGUCACGCCACUGUUGGAGGAUGCACUGAUGGACAGGGAUUUGGUGCACAGACAGACUGCAAGUGCAGUGGUUCAGCACAUGUCUCUUGGAGUCUAUGGGUUUGGUUGUGAAGACUCUCUGAAUCACUUGCUAAACUAUGUGUGGCCGAAUGUUUUUGAAACAUCGCCCCAUGUCAUUCAGGCUGUCAUGGGAGCAUUAGAAGGUUUACGAGUUGCAAUUGGACCUUGUCGUAUGUUACAGUACUGCCUCCAGGGUUUAUUUCAUCCAGCAAGAAAAGUGAGGGAUGUUUAUUGGAAGAUCUACAACUCUAUUUACAUUGGUUCACAAGAUGCUCUGAUUGCACAUUAUCCACGUGUAUAUAAUGAUGAAAAGAACACCUACAUUCGUUAUGAGCUGGAGUACUGCUUAUAACCAUUUCCUUUGACCAAGACAUCUUUCUUUUUUAUUGUCUUUAAAUCAUUUUAUAGGAUUACAGGUCCUUUUUUUGCUUUGAAUCUGUUUCUUGUGGCAGAUGGUAGGCAGCCAUUGUAAUUGUUUUACAAAUGUGUACAGUAAGAGUCAAUAGUUUUUGGAAAUACACUUGAUUUCUUAACAGAAACAGUGAAGAGCGUGCAAGUAAUGUUAUCUCACAUAAAUGGUGAGCAUUAGAAGUAUACUUGUUAAUGUUCUAUGGAGCAAAUCUGUAUUAUGACCAUCUUUUAUUAAGGUUAAUAUUCCAUUUAUUGUGCUAAUGGGAUGUUUAUUUGACAAUAAACAUUUGUGUAUAAAAA